CUAAAGUUUGUUGUAUUAUCUCCUCUUUUCUCGCCUUCAAACUCUCUUCUUUUUCUUCACUUAUUCUUCUUAAAUAUCUCAAAUCUCUCUUUCUCUGAUACUCGUAAUUUACAAUUUCGGCUACCAGAACCCAAUUUACCUUUUUUUUUUUUAAGAACAUAAUCUCUACAGAAACUAUGGAUAUCCUCUCUAUGAACAAAAACGAACAAGUGCAACAACAUAUGUGGGUGCCUCCAACCCCAGAAAAGAUUUCUACAACUACAAGCAUCACAACUGAUUUGGAAUAUGAGGGGCUUUCUUUUUUACAAAUUAUGGGCAUUAAUAAUGGUAUUAGGGAAGUUGAAGCAAAUCAAUGUCAACCACAAUCUAAAGCAAAUGAGCCUCAGCUUUGUCUCCAACCUAUUCAUGAGAUUAUUGGUUUAGGUGAUGCGACAAAUACAAUUGGAGUUGAUCAAGUUCAAUCUCAAGACUCAAACCAAAAGAAUGGUGAACUUCCUAUGUCUCGACAUAAAAAUAAAAAAAGGAAAAUAAAUUCAGAUAUAAACAAGCAGUCUGGAGUAAAGCGCAAAAAUAAAUAUUAUUGGCCAAAAAUUGCCGUUCCAAAUGUGCGGACACCCAAACUUAAAACUCCAAAACCAAAGACUCAAAAAUCAAAAGUUGAGGAGAACAGAGGUAAAGAAUGUAGUGAUGAUGUUUCCAAAACAAAAAAGAAUUAUAGUUGUAAGCGAGUUUUGGAUAUGACGAAUAAUGAUAUUACAUCUGAAGUUGAGAAAGUCAGAGAAAAAGAAAUUAUCCAGCUUGGAGAACAAAUUUUGGAACAAAAACCUAUGAGGGUUUAUCGAAAGUCUCCUUAUAAAUUUAAAUGUGUUACUGAAUGUCGGCAAGCAGUGCCUAAUUUUUUCUGUAGGAAAAAAAGGACGAUUAGAAAAAAACGGUCAAACUUUAAUAUGCUCAAUGCAUUUAACUUUAUGCUCCAAAAUACAGUUGAUCGGACAAAUUUAGCCGAAGGUGAUUUGAAGAAUUUAGUACCUUCAAAAGGAAAAAUUUUAUGGGAGUGUUUUGGAUGUGUUUUUACUUUGUUAAACUCAAGGGAAAAAUUGACGAAAAAAAAGAGAUCAAAUCGUAAUAGGAUCAAGAUAAAAGUUGUAAAAGAAAAGACGGAAGCUGUAGAAGAAAAGAAGGAAGUUGUGAAAGAAAAGACAGAAAUUGUGCAAGAAAAGGCAGAAGCUGUAAAAGAAAAGACAGAAGCUGUGAAAGAAAAGAUGUUAAAGCGACGCUAUAAGCGCAGAGACAAUCGUAGAGAUUAUCUGAGAACCCUUGAAGGUUGGGAUGACAAAUCUUUAUCGAAUAUAAUGGAUCAAUUUGUAAAGCCAUUUGCAUCUUUACAACUUUAUGAUGAUGCUAGCAAAUUUGAGCCGUGGGAUAUAAUGUGUUGCAGUGAAGAAGGCACAUUAAACAUAGAGAAAUCCAUUCUCUGUACAAAGGCUAGGAGGUUUCUCCAAACAAUGAAAAUAUUUCAAGGGCCAAAAAAGUUUGUUGAAUGGAAAGGCUCUGUAUUAGACUCUGUAGUUGGCGUUUUUCUCACACAAAAUGUGUGUGAUGUUUUAUCGAGUACUGCAUAUAUGGAGUUGGCUUCACGGUACCCUGUUGAACCAAUAAUUAAUCAAGAUUGUGAAAAAAAAGUAGUUUUGGAGGGCCCAAUUAUUGAGUUUCCAAAUGAGGAUGAAGAUGGACAAAAGACUUUUGUUAAAGAAAUCGAAACAGAGUCGAGUACACAAGAAGCACAAGAAUAUAAGAAUGCUUUAAAAGUCAUGCUUGAAUCCUUACCUUCUUUCAAAAAUAAUGGAAAAGACAAACAAGGCAAUGGUAGUGAAGAUGAGGUUGAUUGGGAGGCUAUACGUCUCCAUUUUUCUGGGAACACUAACGCUGAAAGGAACCAUGACCAACAAGAUUCGGUAGAUUGGGCAGCAGUGCGGAGUGCCAAUGUAAAAGACAUUGCUGAAGCCAUCCAAUGUAGAGGUCAACAUUUUAUCAUCGCAUCAAAAAUUCAGAAAACUCUAAAUCGUUUGGUUGGUCAACAUGGUACCACGGAUUUGGAAUGGUUACGUAAAGCUCCGCAUCAAGUGGUAAAGGCUUAUUUAUUGAGCUUUUAUGGACUUGGUUUGAAAAGUGUUGAAUGUUUACGACUUUUAACUCUGAAAGACCAUGGCGGAUUCCCUGUUGACGUGAAUAUUGCUCGGAUAGCAGUACGUUUAGGCUGGGUUCCUCUACAACCAUUGCCCAAUGGAUUGCCCUUUCACGUUCUUCAAAAGUAUCCAUUAGAAAAUAAAAUUCAGCAAUAUCUACUUCCAAGAUUAGAUGAUCUGACCCAAGACGAACGAUACGAAUUGCAUUAUCAAAUGAUUACAUUUGGAAAGGUAUUUUGUACGAAGAGAAAUCCCAACUGUAAUGCAUGCCCUUUCAAAGCAGAAUGUAAAUACUUCAAAAGUCGGGAAGAUAGUUUGACGCAAAAACAUCGAUUUUUGUCGUGGACAUCGAAUGGAAAGAUAGUAGUGUCUAAAGGGAUGAGUAAAAAGAACAAAAACAUCAUAAAUCCUUUUGCUAUCAAACGAACACCUGGUCUGCUUUCAGAGCCAUCAACUUCUAAUUCAUAUGUAGUAGAUUGGUCUCUUUCCACGUUGGAUUGCUAUCCCAGCUCACUCGUUCAGGGAACGAACAAAAUUAAUUCCCAAAACUAUAUUGUAGAAUAUCCGACAUCACCAAUUAGAGAAGAGCAAGACAUUGAAGAUUUAUGUAAAAACUUAAAGGAUGAUGUAUGUAAUAUUGAUCCAAAUGAAGAACAAGACAUUGAAGAGCUUUUACAAAGCAGUGACAGAGAUGACAAGCGUUAUGAUUGUAAUAUUGAUCUCACGGUCAAGUGCAAGGAUGAUGUAUGUGAUAAGUUGGCACAAUCGUCUGAGGAACAACAUUCAUCGAGAGCUUUAGUUAGCUUAAAUGCAGAACGUCCAUCUCCACCGGUGCACAUUAAGCAUUUACGAUUGAGGACAGAGCAUCAAGUGUAUGAAUUGCCUAGUGAUCAUCCACUGCUCAAGGAUUUUGAUAGACAAGACGGAGAUGUACCUUAUCUUCUUGCCAUAUGGCCACAAGCUAAUGAAGAAUGCUUUAACCAGGAUGAGAUUAAUUGUAACUGUACAACUGUGCCAGGGACGAUAUUGAUACCUGUUCGAACCGCCAUGAGAGGAAGAUUUCCCCUGAAUGGUACUUAUUUUCAAAUAAAUGAGGUUUUUGCGGAUGAUGAUACUAGUCAGCAUCCAGUCAAUGUCCCCACAAAUCUGAUAUGGAAUCUUGUAAAACGAACUUUGUAUUGUGGAUCUACUACAUCAUCAAUAUACAGAGGUUUCAAUGAUAAAGAAAUCAUGUAUUGUAAUUGGGGAGGUUUUAUCUGUACUAGAGGUUUUAAUAGACGAACUCGACGGCCAAAGUUAUUGCCACUUAGAUUCCGCAAUCGAACAAAAGAAAAAGUUGUCGACGACAAUUGAAGCAAUACAAUCUAAAUGUGUCAAUUGAGAUUUUUUUGUAUAGUAAUUUUAAUUUGUAAAUCUAUUUUUAGUUAUCCAUUGAUUAUAAAAUCUACGUUUUGAUGGGUAUUUCACAUUUAUUAUCCUCAGUUUUCCAAGGAAGUAUUUUGAGGAUAUUAGUAAUUAUUAUGUAUUUGGGCCUACUGUUUAUAAUAAUGUGGGCUUCGUACUAGGUUCUUUUGAUUACUUUUGUAUAUAUACCUUGCAUAUAUUGAAUAGUACCUUCAAAAGGUUUAGUUUUCCUACAUGGUAUCAGAGCUUAGGUUAAUUUUUUUCGAUGCAUUUCGUUUUUGAUUUUCUUCGAGUCUUGUAAUGGCAUGAGAAUGGGAGUACUUUACGGAAGCUAUUGUUUACUGCUGACGUCGUAAGAACGCAAUGAUAUUUAUUGAAGCCAUUAUUUACUGCACUGCUGUAGAAAUGCAUUUAUAUCAUUAUAAUGUCGGGAAAUAUGAUUUGUGAGACUUUAAUAUAAGACGUUUAAGAUGAGAUUUUUAAGAUAAAAAAUUCUUAUCUCUUGUUUGUUAUGUUAGGGGCUUGGAUGAAAGUACAAGAAUAAAAGUUUCAACUCAAAUACCUUCCUCCCCCAAGUAGGGCUGUCUUUGACAUUUUAGAGGCCUAAGCGAACAAUAAAAUAUGGGCCCCUUUAAAAACAUAAUUAAAAUUUAAACGUACAUAAUUA